AUGAGUUUGCAGCCUAGGCGAGAAUACCACAUCGUUGUGCUCGGUGCCGGAGGUGUAGGGAAAAGCUGUCUCACAGCCCGAUACGUUCAGAAUGUCUGGAUCGAGAGCUAUGAUCCCACAAUCGAGGAUUCCUACCGUAAACAGGUCAAUGUGGACGGUCGUCAGAUCAUGCUGGAAAUUCUCGACACGGCCGGCACGGAGCAAUUCACCGCUAUGCGGGAGCUGUACAUGAAACAGGGCCAGGGAUUUCUCCUUGUCUUCUCCAUCUGCAACAUGAAUUCCUUCUACGAACUAGCCGAGCUGCGCGAGCAGAUCAUCCGCAUCAAAGACAACGAAGACAUCCCCCUCGUGCUGGUUGGCAACAAAUCCGACAUGGAGGACGAGCGCGUUGUCCCUCGCGCCCGAGCCUUUCAGCUCGCCCAGCAAUGGGGCCAGAAGCCAUAUUAUGAGACCUCGGCGCGACACCGCACAAACGUCGACGAGGUCUUUCUCAACUUGUGCCACCAGAUGAUCCAGAAAGACUCCAGUCGCUCCCAACCCUAUGAGCAGCAAGCGGCCAACCGACGCCAGGAGCGGCCCAACAGACAAGAUCGCCGAGGCAGAAGAACUCGAAAUCGGGAUCGCUGCGUGAUUUUGUAA